UCUGUUCGGCUCAAUAAAUUUUCUAUCCCCUUGGCGGAGGCGUCGUCUCCAUUCAAUUGGGCUCUCGCUCUCUUCUGCGCGCUCGUAGCAUUUCCUGCCAUUAUCUCCAAAGUUCCGAUGGCAAAGGAUCCAAUUAGCGUUCUUGUAACCGGUGCCGCAGGGCAAAUUGGGUAUGCUCUUGUACCGAUGAUUGCUCGGGGUGUAAUGCUUGGUCCUGACCAGCCUGUUAGGUUGCAUUUGCUUGACAUUCCACCCGCUGCAGAAGCUCUCAAUGGCGUUAAAAUGGAGUUGAUUGAUGCUGCAUUCCCACUCCUUAAGGGAGUUGUUGCUACAAUUGAUGUUAUUGAGGCUUGCACUGGAGUCAAUAUAGCUGUGAUGGUUGGUGGGUACCCAAGGAAGGAAGGUAUGGAAAGGAAGGAUGUGAUGUCAAAGAAUGUAUCUAUCUACAAGUCACAAGCUGCAGCCCUUGAACAGCAUGCAGCAGCCGGCUGCAAGGUCUUGGUUGUGGCUAAUCCAGCCAAUACCAAUGCCCUCAUAUUGAAGGAGUUUGCUCCAUCUAUACCGGAGAAGAACAUAACUUGUUUGACACGGUUAGAUCACAACAGGGCACUUGGUCAGAUUUCUGAGCGACUAAAUGUUCAAGUCAGUGAUGUUAAGAAUGUCAUUAUAUGGGGGAACCAUUCAUCUACUCAAUACCCUGAUGUAAGCCAUGCUACGGUGAAAGCUCAACAUGGUGAAAAGCAUGUCCGCGAACUUGUUGCUGAUGAUGAGUGGCUGAGAGGAGAAUUCAUUGCAACUGUGCAACAACGUGGUGCCGCUAUCAUCAAAGCUAGGAAACUCUCGAGUGCACUCUCUGCUGCAAGUUCGGCUUGUGAUCACAUUCGUGAUUGGGUCCUUGGGACCCCAGAGGCAACUUGGGUUUCCAUGGGUGUAUACUCUGAUGGAUCUUACAAUGUACCAGCUGGGUUGAUUUAUUCUUUCCCUGUGACAUGCCGUGAUGGAGAGUGGUCUAUUGUUCAGGGACUCUCAAUUGAUGAAUUCUCAAGGAAGAAGCUGGAUGCGACGGCUGAAGAGCUUACCGAGGAAAAGGCUCUGGCGUACUCAUGCCUCUCAUAAAUUAUCCCUGAGUCGCCAUUCAGCAAGUCAGGUUUUGCACCGUUGAAUUUUGAAUAAAAUAGACUUUUUACUGAAACAACUGGUUUAUAAGUUGUUGAACUGCCACCAGUUUUUAUUUUCCCUGUGAGAUUAUGAACUAUAUAUUUAUUGUAUUUUGAUGCACACUGUUGCAUACCAGUGAAGGGCGGUGGGCUCUCAGGUGGUAAAAAAUGUGUUAUCUUUUUAAAACUUACUCUAACCAGACCCUUUACAUGGGAAUAAUGUCAUUUUUUCUGUUUGGCA